CGUGGAAUACGACGGCGGGCAGAGUUGACCGGAACAGCUCGGAAGUGAUCUGGAAAAUGCAUUUCCUGACUAUUCUAGUUUCGGUCAGCUGUCUGGCCAGUGCGUCGGCCCUUUAUGCUGGGUCGGUCGAGGAGUUUGACGAAAUCGUCAGAAAUCAGCCGUAUGCAAUGGUCGUGAUUUCGAAGAGGAGCGGUUGUCCGUCUUGCGAGCGCUACGAGAAAAUUCUCCAGGAGAACCUCAAGGAAAUGGAGGACAUGUAUCAGUGCUCGCUGACAAUCGUACGUGACAAUGCCGAGCUCGUAGAGCGAUACGGCAUCGAGAGGAUUCCGCGAGUGAUGUUCUUCCGUGAAGGCAUUCCUGCGAUCUACAACUCGCCGGAACUUCUGCCCAGCGAUCUGCUCUACUGGGUUCACAAAGCGCGUGACGCGCGUGUGCAAAUUCUCGACGAUACGAUUUUCGAACAUCUGACCCAGGCUACGACCGGAGCAACCACAGGCGACUGGCUCGUCGCUUUCGUUUCCGCCGAAACUCCUGCUCUCAGAGCCAAGUUCGAAGGUUUACAAGCGACGUUCAUGGGCUACGCUACGAAUGUUGCCAUUGUGGAUUAUGUCCAGAACGUAAAUCUUAAGAAAAGGUUCAAAAUCAAAGAGAACACCGUCUUGUUCUUCAAACAGGGGAAAAUGUACAGAUUCAUGGGUUCAAAGUGGGACGCCAAAGCUCUUGUGGACUUCGUGGCGCAGUACUACAAGCAUGUUAAAGCCGAGAAAAUACCGCUGGAGAGCUCGUUGUUCGACUACGUGCUCGACACGAGCGUCCGACUCGUACGCGAGAACAUCGAACCGCUAGCCAAGCAGUUCCUGGCUGAUCUCAAGAAACACAAAACUGUGGUCUUGAUAGGUCUGUCCGGAUUACUUAUGGCCUUCUGCGCCCUGCUCGCGCUGAUCAGGGGUUCCCCGAAGAAGAAGGAGAAAUCUCAAUAAUUACCUAGAUCCGUUCAUUUAUCUGACCAAGUGAUUUGUACAUAAACGAAAACGUCGUUCUCCGGAUGGCGACGCUGGAGUGAUGCAAGUGAGAAUGCUCAGUUGGGAAAGUGCUUUUACCAGAGGUGUUCGGAGUCACCGAUACGACGAGCGAAUCUGUUCUAAAUGUACGAGGAAAGCUCCGUCUGAUUGAGGAAUGGUUGAGGACGCGGGAGAGAGGGCAUCGCAAUAAAGUGGAUUGUUGA